UAUACUCAUUCUCGAUCUCCUUCUCGAUCCGCGCAUACACACGGGCAUUAUAAAGGCGAGAGUGAAAACGUGUUCCCCUACUCGAAUCGAAAAACUCUUGCAGCGCGCCAGAGUCGAUCGAGCGCUUGAGCCAUUCGCUUCUGUGCAUGUGUAUUGUGAGUGAAUGAGUGUUUGUUGAUAGAUACACACCCGUGUUUAGGCCGGUCCGCUGUUCGAUAAAAUAGUAGUUUGCAUCGCACGACGGAAAAGAUGAGCGUCGACGAUCGCACGGGACACGGUCACGAGAUCCUCAAGGAUGUCCUGAAGAUCCUCGAGGAGUACGAGUGCUUCGACGUGACGUCCGAUCAGCCGAUCGUCCGAUUCGUCCACCCGGACCAACUGGUCAAAGAUUUUCCCUCGAAUCUCGACGAAGAGGGUGUCCCGCAAAACGAAGUCAAGCGAAUCGCCUCGCUCAUCGUCCAAUACUCGGUACGCACCUUCAGUCCGCACUUCCAUAAUCAGCUGUACGCGGGCACAGACAUCUACGGCCUUGCCGGAGCAUGGCUCACCGAGGCGCUCAAUACCAGCCAAUACACUUACGAAGUGGCGCCGGUUUUCACCUUGCUCGAGCGCGAGAUCAUCAAGCGGUCCCUGGAACUGGUCGGCUAUCCGGCCCUGCCCGAGGCCGAUGGACUCCUCGCGCCCGGCGGCAGCAUGUCCAACAUGUACGGCAUCGUGCUGGCUCGCUACAAGCGCUUCCCCGAGAUCAAGACCAAGGGCAUGAGCGUCGUACCACCCUUGGCCAUCUUCACCAGCGAGGACGGCCACUACUCCAUGACCAAAGGCGCCCACUGGCUGGGCAUCGGCACCGACAACGUCUACAAGAUCCGCGUCAACGAGCUGGGUCAGAUGGACGUGGACGAUCUCAAAGAGAAGAUUCAUCAGGCUCGCAAUAAAGGCUGCGAGCCGUUCUUCGUCAACGCCACGGCCGGCUCGACCGUCUUGGCGGCUUUCGAUCCGAUCGAUAAGAUCGCCGAUGUCUGCGAGGAGCACGACAUUUGGCUGCACGUCGAUGGUUGCUUGGGAGGUACCUUACUGCUGUCGCAUCAGUAUCGCAACCGUCUGAAAGGCGUCGAGAGAUCGAACUCGAUAUCAUGGAAUCCGCACAAAAUGCUCGGUGCCCCGUUCCAGUGCUCGAUAUUUUUGACCAAGGGCACGAACGCCCUGCACGAGGCCAAUUGCGCCAACGCCAAGUAUCUAUUCCAGCAGGACAAAUUCUACGAUGUCUCCUGGGACACGGGCGACAAAAGCGUUCAGUGUGGACGAAAGCCGGACGCGCUGAAAUUCUGGCUCAUGUGGAAAGCCAGAGGCACUGCGGGUCUGAGAAAGUCCGUCGACAUUGCCAUGGAUUGCGCCAACUACUUUUACGAGCAAAUCAAAGACAGACCAGACUUCAGGCUCGUCUUGCCCGAAUACGAAGGAUCUAAUAUUUGCUUUUGGUACAUACCGCCGAGUAUGCAGGGCCAGGAAGAAAAUGAAGAGUGGAAAAAUAAAUUAAACAGGAUAGCGCCCACUAUAAAAGAGAAGCUGAUCAAGGUCGGCUCGUUGAUGAUCGGCUACACGCCGCUGCCCUCGAAAAACAUGCCGAAUUUCUUCCGCAUGGUUGUCAGUUGCCAGCCACCGCCGAACCAUAGCAGUAUGGACUUCGUUAUUAAUAAUAUCGUUGAACACGGCUGUAAGCUUUAAAAUUAUUUACAAUAUAUUUCGUAAAUUUUAUGUGUAAA